CGGGUUAUUUGGACUCUUCGGCCAUUAGACUGAUCCCCAAAUCGCAAACAAUGCAGCAGAACUAUGUAUCCAAAGUUGGCUCUGCUACCGAUGCGGACACGGGCUCGGACUGGAGUUCGGACUGGAGCUCGGAUCACGAAUCUGGCUAUGGCAGUGGCUACACAUCGUCAACCAGCCACGCUGGCGAUGAGUUGGCACAGCUUGAGGAAGAGUUUCGCAUUAUUCGCGAGAACUCCGUGUUGCGCCAGCAGGAGUUCGACCGAAUCUUCCGGGAGCAAGAGGAGAUAAUGAGGGGGCUGGGCAUUGUCCGGGAGCAUAUGCGGCAGCUGGCACAGCAGAUGGCCCAGCUGCAGAAUUCGCGCCCGUUGGGUCUCCUGGAGCUCGCACAGCCGCCCACAAAUAACGCCAACCAGAACGCGCUAGUUAACGAUAUUGCGGGUGAAAUCAGUGACUCCGACUUAGCCCCCACGGAUGGAGAGGAUAGCGGCUACUGUGAAAACUAAUUGCAUGGACAACCCUUUCUGCCCCCCGGCCUGCGCUGCUUGUCAACCUGCAGCUGUUUCACGCCAAACCUUUCCCAUUACGGACAAGUGUGCUGGGUUUCCAAUACACGCCUCAAUAUUUCAUGUGCAUGUGGGACCAGUCGAAGAUUUCAAGGUCUGUGUCCGUGCAGGUCGAGGUGGACAAACCAAAUGGGCAUUUUUCCAAUCUAAAACGGCUGAUCAGCCAAUCCAAAUCAAAAUCGAAUAGUUAACUACAAUGUUGUUCACUAAGCACCAAAUUGAACUGUGCUUUUUAAAUAAUAACUGUCAUAAUAGCACGAAAUACUAAUACAAUUGAAAUACAAGUAAUAUUACUGCAACUAA